CAGGCCCAAACUCCCGCACAACGCCGCGCCAAUGAAAAACACGCCAAAGGCGUGGAGCGCCGCAUGGGGAAGCCCGAGUCCGCCAUCAAGAAGAAGGAGGUCAAGAAGAGCCCUGUCGGAAUUGCUGCCGUCGUGCUGCUCAUUUUCGUGAUCAUUGCGCCGUUAUUGAUCGAGCAGUUAAAGGUGCUUCCCUAUAUGUGGAAUUUGAUCAUGGACAUGUUGGCGAAGAUUGGCUUGGUUUCACGAUGA